CAGCUCGCUUCCUUCUGCUCACACACAGGACAGUUGUGUGGAGAACUGACGCACUCUUGUUUCUGUCUUCUUACGUUUUAUUGUGAUUUUGUUUUUGACUGUUCGGCCAUGUUCUUAGGUAAAUUGGUGCUGUGUGUUUUCGCAGUGUGGCAGUUGCAGCUGUCCGUUUGCCGGGCUGAUUAUGCCCCUGAUAGGGUCACACACUUGCCCGGUAUGGGGUUCACACCAAACUAUAAGCAGUGGUCUGGAUACCUAAAGGCUGGACCUGGGAAGUUCUUCCAUUACUGGUUUGUAACAUCUCAGAGAGACCCAGACAAGGAUCCUCUGGUGCUCUGGCUGAACGGAGGCCCAGGCUGCAGCUCCCUGGAUGGUUUCCUGUCAGAAAACGGACCAUUUCAUGUGAAUGACAAUGGAGCUACGUUGUACCAGAACCCAUUCAGCUGGAACAAGAUUGCUAACGUGCUGUAUCUGGAAUCUCCUGCAGGAGUGGGAUAUUCCUACUCCGAUGAUGGCAACUACACAACCAACGAUAAUCUGGUAGCCAAUAAUAACUACAAUGCCCUGCAGAGUUUUUUCUCAAAGUUUCCCAACAUGACUCAAAACGAACUCUUCAUCUUUGGAGAAAGCUACGGUGGAAUCUACGCACCGAUGCUGAGCUUGCUUGUUGCCACCGGACCUGUCAAAAUGAACUUAAAGGGCUUUGCUGUGGGAAACGGUAUCACCAGUUUUGCUUACAAUGACCAGUCGGUGAUCUACUUUGGAUACUACCACGGCCUCUUUGGAGAAGAGCUGUGGCGUGAUCUGAACAGUCACUGCUGCCAACAGGGGGCCUGUGUCUUUUACAACUCCAGCUCAAAGACCUGUCAAAAUAUAGUGUCCGAGGCCUUCCAUUUUGUGUAUGAAAGUGGUCUGAAUGAAUACUCCCUGUAUUUGGAUUGUGAGGGUGGUAACAGGUAUCAUCCAGCCUACAAGAGAGCCAUGAGUCACCUGUUCAAAAACUACAGGAAAAAUGAACACAGUCGCAAAUUCACAGGCAGAGUCAAGUCAACCAUGUCACUGGGUGUAGUCCCUCCCUGUAUAAACAGCACAGCACAGAGGAACUGGCUAAACCAACGUGAAGUGAGAAAAGCUCUGCACAUCCCAGACACACUGCCACCAUGGGACAUCUGCAGUGACACAGUUGGUGACAACUACACCAUCGUGUACCCAACAAUGAGGGAAGCGUAUCUGAAGCUCCUGUCUCUGGGUUUACGGGCCCUUGUCUACAACGGAGACACCGACAUGGCCUGCAACUUCCUGGGAGACCAGUGGUUUGUGGAGAACCUUAACCAGGAGGCAACUACAAGGUACCAGCAUUGGAUCCAUGAAGACCAGGUUGCAGGUUUCUACCAACAGUUUGGAAACAUAACCUUCAUGACUAUAAAGGGUGCAGGUCACAUGGUUCCCCAAUGGGCUCCUGGUCCAGCUUUUCACAUGUUCCAGUCAUUCAUCACAAGCGGGUCAUACUAAAGACAUUUAGCUAACGCUGCUCUCUGCGCUGGAUCAGCAAUCAACUCCUGCUUCUAGGAUGAUUCUCAGGGAAAUUAAUUCAAAAAAGGAAAAUAACUUAAAAUGUUCAUGUCGUCAGUAUUAACGUAAUUUUCUUUCAGUACUUUGUGUUUUCUGUAUUGUUUCUGUAAAACUUUACUACAACUGUAAAGCAAAGCUACUUGACAAAUAACUGUAUAAAACCUUUAUUUCUCUACUGUUA